AUGUCGCUGCCUACCCGCCUGUCUCCCAAUGAUGCUCCCAACCUGCAAAAUGGGGAUGCCUCGCCCAAACCAGGCUGGGGAUCCGACUAUAUCGCGCAACAACUCGCAAAGGUUCACAUCCCGUACUUCGUCCUUGUCCCCGGGUCGUCCUAUCGCGGCCUGCACGACAGUCUGGUCAAUUUGAAUGGCAAUGCGGCGCCGGAGAUGGUGGUCUGUCUGCACGAGGAACACUCCAUCGCCAUCGCGCAUGGCUACGCCAAGGUCACAGAAAAGCCCCUGGCAUGUGGGCUGCAUGCCAACGUCGGGCUGAUGCACGCGUCGAUGGCAAUUUUCAACGCCUUCAUCGACCGUGUCCCGAUGGUGAUAUUUGGUGCGGCGGGCCCCUUUGACACGACGAAACGGCGGCCGUGGAUCGAUUCGACACACACGGCCGUCGACCAAGCGGCCCUGGUGAGGAACUACACCAAAUGGGACGAUCAACCCGCGAGUGUUAAUUCCGCUAUCCGCAGCGUCAUCAAAGCCACGGCCGUGGCAUCGGUCAAGCCAUGUGCCCCUACAUAUGUUGUUCUGGACGUGGGUCUGCAGGAAGCGCCGUACGACGAGAAGGACGUCCGCUACCCCGACACGGAGAGAUACCUGACUCAGCAAUCCGCUGGGGCGAGCCAAGCAGAUAUCAAGAAAGUGGCACAAGCCCUGCGGGAGUCGAAGAAGGCGUUGAUAAUGUUCGGCAGGAUGAACCGCACGCAGAAGAGCUGGGACGAAAGAAUCAGACUAGCCGAGAUGUUCGACGCAAAGGUUAUAACCGAUAUUAAACAACCAGUCGCCUUCCCCACCACCCACCGAUUGCACCCCGCCGCGCCUGCACUGUUCUUGGCCCCCGAGGCCGCCAGCAUGAUCCGAGAGGCCGAUCUGAUCAUCUCCUUUGACUGGGUCGACCUGGUGGGCUUCUUCACCGCUGCCCACGGCGAACUCAUCGAGCCGAAAGCCAAGGUGAUCGAGGUCUCGGUCGACACACAACUCCACAAUGGGUGGUCAAAGGACCACUUCGAGACACCUCCAGCCGACAUCAGCAUCUUUGCCGACCCUGACAAGUUCAUCACCGAUCUCGUGGCGGAGCUCGAAUCCGCGAAACUCACGGGCUUUCCCAACUCGGCAUGGCCCGCCACAGAGCCUUCGUCGUCGCAGAAGCCGCAAAACCUCGACGGCGAGGACAUCUUCCAGGCCGACCUGGCGUCGGCGCUCUACGCGACGAUUAGCCCUGACGACAUGUGCAUCAUCCGCCUGCCCCUCAGUUUCCGCGGGAUCGAUCUGCUUGCGACGCACCCGCUCGCCUACCUGGGCAUGGACGGCGGUGCGGGGAUCGGCUCUGGCCCCGGGCAGGCCGUUGGAUCGGCCCUCGCGCUCAAGGGGACGAAAUACGUGCCUGUGGCGAUCCUAGGUGAUGGGGAUUUCUUAAUGGGCAACUCCGCGAUCUGGACGGCUGCCCGGUAUCGCAUUCCCGUGCUGAUCAUCGUGUCGAACAACGGCAGUUUCUACAACGACGAGGUUCAUCAGGAGAGGGUAGCCAACACUCGCAGCAGGCCCGUGGAGAACAAAUGGAUCGGUAUGCGGUUGGAUGAUCCACUACCUGACAUCGGGAAGAUGUCGGAGUCGUUCGGACUGAAGACGCUGGGCGCACAGAUCAGCAAGCGCAGUGAGCUGAAAGGAAAGUUCGAGGAGGCGGUCAGGUUGGUGAGAGAGGAGAAGCAGUCGGUCGUUUUGGACGUCAGGGUCCGGCCGGAUGAUUACCUGAAGAACUGGGGGGCGGGCAAUGUUGUCAAGAAGUAA